CUAAACCAUAUUUAAAGCCGAUCAAAAUUACCACCCUUGCAACACUACCAAAAUUCUCUUCACUUAACCCCAUAUUUCCGGGGCCAAAAAUCCACAAGCAACCACUAUGGGAGCCGCCACCGACGCCCCCACAACCUCCGCAUCAUCCACCAGCACCCUCUCCCCUUCCAUUAUCAAAAAAAUCCUCCUCUCUUACACAUAUGUAGCCAUAUGGAUCUUCCUUUCUUUCACCGUCAUAGUUUACAACAAAUACAUCCUCGAUCAAAAGCUUUACAAUUGGCCAUACCCCAUCUCUCUAACUCUCAUCCAUAUGGGCUUUUGUUCCUCCAUAGCUGCUCUCCUUGUCCGUGUCUUCCAUGUUGUCGACCUCCCUACUUCCAUGUCACCCCGUCUUUACCUCUCCUCUGUUGUUCCCAUCGGAGCCCUUUAUUCACUUUCCCUUUGGCUGUCCAACUCGGCCUAUAUCUAUCUCUCUGUUUCCUUCAUCCAAAUGCUCAAAGCCCUUAUGCCGGUUGCUGUUUAUUCCAUUGGUGUUCUCUUUCGUAAAGAUUCUUUUAAAUCUUCAACCAUGGGUAACAUGCUCGCUAUUUCAUUUGGGGUUGCCAUUGCCGCUUACGGAGAAGCCAAAUUCGAUUCUUGGGGUGUUUUGUUACAGCUUGGAGCUGUUGCCUUUGAAGCUACGAGGUUGGUUUUAAUCCAAAUCCUUCUUACUUCAAAAGGAAUCAGCCUUAACCCGAUUACUUCACUUUAUUACGUUGCUCCUUGUUGUUUCGUUUUCUUGCUUAUUCCCUGGAUUACAGUGGAACUGCCUAUACUUAAAGAAAACUCAACUUUCCAUUUCGAUUACUUCAUCUUUGGGACCAACUCUUUUUGCGCUUUCGCUUUGAACCUGGCGGUGUUUUUGUUGGUCGGGAAGACCUCGGCGCUGACGAUGAACGUUGCGGGUGUCGUCAAAGACUGGUUGCUUAUAGCUUUUUCGUGGUCGGUGAUUAAAGAUACGGUGACUCCAGUUAAUUUGUUUGGUUAUGGGCUAGCGUUUUGGGGGGUUGCUUAUUAUAAUCAUUCAAAGUUGAAAGCGCUUAGAGAGAAGGAAGCAGCAGAGAGGAAAGAUGAAGAGGGUGAUGAUGAAGAAAGUGGCAGAUUGUUGGAUCAAAGAGAAGGGGAUGUGACUACGAGAAGAAAUGAAUCAGAGGGAUAAUUUUGAUUUGCUAUACAUCCUUUUUCUUAAACCUUUAGAUAAUGAUACGAUUAAACUAGAAAGAGAUUAUAGAGGUAUUUUAGUUUCUUUUCUCUGCUUGCUCUGUUUAUGGUUAUUAUUGUGAAUGGCGCCGACUGCCAUCACAUGUUGUAGAUCAUAAUUUAGAUAAAAACGAAUUAUACUAGUAUCUCACCAAUUUUACUUAUUGUCGUGGAUCUAUAGACUUUAUUUCCAUUUAUUGGAUUGAAUAAACUAUGUUCAGCGCCAGUCUUCUA